AUGCCCAAGGCGGGUUCUCUUGAUCAGCUGCGGCUGGAGGGAUUCGACGAGUCUGAGUUGCAAGCAACAGAAGAUCUCCUCAAGAUCGAGGUCAGAAGUUCAGAUGUCAAGUCUAGAGUGACUCAGUCGUCUGUGCAGGUCAAGGCAAUCGGUUUGAACUUUGCAGACAUCUUUGCCUGCCAGGGCCUCUACUCGGCAACACCGACUGGCUCCUUUGUCCCUGGACUUGAGUUCAGCGGCAUCAUAGUUGAGGUUGGAGCAGAUGUGAAGGAGCGGGAUGGCUGGAGGCCAAAGGCAGGAGAGCGAGUGAUGGGAGUCACGAGGUUCGGAGGGUACACCACCCACUUGCUCACGCGCUCCUGCUUCGUUCGGCCGAUCCCCAGCGACUGGAGCUACGAGGAGGGUGCAGGAUUCCUAUGCACGUCACUGACAGCAUGGUAUGGGCUGGUGCAUCUCGGGGGGUUGAAGAAAGAUCAGCACGUCCUCGUACACUCCGCUGCCGGCGGCGUUGGACUUGCUGCGCUCGAGAUUGUCUUGGCACACAAGGCACAUCCGAUAGCCACCAUAGGAACAGCUAGCAAAGCGUCUUUACUGCAGGCGAGGAUGAGAGGGAGGAGGAGGAUACUUGGCAUUUAUGUGACACAGGAGAGGUUCAAUUUGCCAAGCAGCAAAAUCAUCGAGGGAAUAGCUAUCGUAAUGGACUCGGUACAAGGUCCUUACUUUCAGCCUUGUUAUGAUCGCCUCUGCCGUGGCGGCAGGAUCGUAGUCUUUGGGGCCGCCUCUAUGACUCCCCCAGGAGACAGGCCCAAUUGGAUCCGGCUUGCCUGGCAGUGGCUGCGGAGGCCGACAGUCGAUCCUCUGGAGAUCAUCGCCGCGAACAAAGGGGUACUGGGAUUCAACCUCAUCUGGAUGUGGGACAAGGUAGAGGAGAUGAGUGAGAUGCUGAAGUCGAUGCUGGCUGCUGUUCCGUGGAAGGUAAGAGGAUUUGAUAUCGAUCUUGUUGCCUCACCAACCUGUCAGAGGCCCUUGGUAGGAAAGACUUACAAGAUGGAGGAUGCUGCAGAUGCGUUGAGGUUUCUGCAGAGUGGCCAGAACGUUGGGAAAGUUGUUCUUGUUGUGAAUUCCGGCAGCUCAUGA